AUGAGCGGGAAGCGGUAUAAACAAAAUGCAUGUAAUAUCGAUCAGUGUCAUGUAACUAAGAAAAAAUUUCGUCGCAAGGAAUUACCAGUCGAUGGUGUUCAUUUACAGUUGGCGGAAGUGAUAAGACAAAAUGGCAUAUCAGUCAUUGUUGGUGAAACUGGAAGUGGUAAAAGUACACAGAUUCCUCAGAUUUGUUAUAAUGAAGGUUUGAUCGGUAGUGGUCUUUUGGCUGUUACACAGCCACGCCGUGUUGCUGCAAUAACACUUGCGAAACGUGUAGCUUUGGAAAUGAAUGCAAAUCUUGGUGAAGUGGUUGCCUAUAAGGUGAGGUUUGAAAAUACCGCAAGUGAUGAAACAAAGAUUGUUUACGGUACCGAUGGUAUCUUUUUACGUGAAACAUUUUAUGAUUCGUUACUCACACCUUAUUCUAUUGUAAUUGUCGAUGAAGCUCAUGAACGUUCUGUUCAUACAGAUAUCUUGUUAUAUUUGCUGAAGCUCUGUUAUAAGCAGCGGUUAGGUACAUCCAAUCCAUUAAAGUUGCGUUUUUUAUUAAUUGUUAUCAUGUCAGCUACAUUGGAAACUAAUGUUUUUUCGGAAUAUUUUGAUGAUGCACCGGUAUACAUAGUACAAGGAAGAACCUAUCCAGUCGAGAUUUUUUAUGCAAAUUCAUUGGAUAAAAAAGAUGAUGAUUAUGUGUUCAAUGUUUUGACAACGGUUUUGCAAAUCCAUCGUACUGAACCACUAAGCUCCGAUGUAUUGGCAUUUUUAACUGGACAGGAAGAAAUUGAAACAGCAUGUAAGAAAGUGCAGGAAGCUUCAAGACUUCUACCGGCUGAUUUGGUAGCUCUCCCACUUUAUGCGGGUCUCCCACCAUCGGCACAAAUGCGGGUUUUUGAACCAGCAGGCAUACCACACACACGCAAAGUUAUUUUCGCUACAAAUAUAGCGGAAACAUCCAUUACUAUACCAGGUGUGCGGAUUAUUGUUGACAGUGGAAAAAUAAAAGUGAAAACCUUUCUUCCGGAUCGUCAUAUCGAUAUUCUUCGUGUGGAAAAUAUUUCACAGUGCUCAGCAACGCAGAGAGCUGGUCGUGCUGGACGUGAAGCACCGGGCAAAUGUUAUCGGCUUUAUUCGGAAAAACAUUUUCAUUCAUUAUCCAAAAUAACAGUUCCAGAAAUUUUACGAUCCAAUUUAUCUGUGGUGCUACUCGAACUGUUACGUAUUGGUUUACGACGAAUAAAAUCAUUAGCUUUAAUUUCAAAUCCCAAAAAAGAAGGAUUGGAAGCUGCUGAAAAACAUCUUCGUCUGUUGGAUGCAGUAAAGCAACCUGAUAAAAAAGGGAGAUUGAAACUUACUGAAAUGGGUACAACAUUAUCAUCAUUUCCGGUUGAUCCAGCUUUUGCACGUGCUCUGAUAGCAGCUUCGCAGAAUGGAUGUUUAGAAGAAGUUCUGACAAUUGUGGCAUUUAUGUCCAUUGAUUCCGUUUUCGUUAGUUCAGCUGUAGGUCAUGAACGAACAAAUUUAUCAAAGCGUAAAUUUGAAGCACCCGAAGGUGAUCACUGCACCCUGCUGAACGUUUACCGAGGAUAUCGUUUAGCUCGGAAAGAAAAGAAGUUAGAGGAAUGGUGCGAAGCAAAUCAUGUCCAUCAGCGAUUACUUAAUACUGUUUUUAAAAUUCGAAGACAACUGCGCGAUAUUUGUCUAAAAAAUUCACUGAUUUUUCGUUCGUGCGGUAGUGAUACUGACAGACUCAGGAAAACACUUUGCCAGGGUCUUUUCAUGAAUGCUUGUGUUUAUGAGAGAUCACAGGACCGUUAUAGUUUAUUAAUAUCACCUGGAACCUCGCUAAAAAUUCAUCCUUCCUCUUGUUUGUCUCGCUCUCGACCAACGGCCUUUAUCUUUACUGAUCUUGUUCGAACGAAUGAGUUGUACGCUCGUGAUAUCACAGUGAUUGAUCUCGAGUGGGCCAAAGAGUUACUUGAGUCAAAGAAGACGGUAUUGAACAUGUUUCGCGAUGAAAGAUUACAUUCGGUGAUUCAUUCAUAG